AUGCAAAACAACGAAAUUAUUAAACCUGCCAAAUACUUCUCGUACAAGUAUGUGUUGGAAUGUAAGAAAAGCGAUGCGCGAACUAUUGCCCUCAAGCAGCGCACCUGGCAGGCGUUGGCCCACGAAUACAACUCUCAGCCCAGCGUGUCGCUGCGGGACUUUAAACAGCUGAAGAAGUGCUGGAGAACAUCAAGGCUCAGACCAAAAAAAAUUAUGGCCCAUGAAAGAAGGGAGAAAGUGAAGCGCAACGGGAGCCCGCUGCUGAGUGCCCACGUCCUGGAGAAGGAGAAGAUCAGCAGCAUGCUGCCAGAGCAGCUGUACUUUCUGCAGAGCCCACCCGAGGAGGAGCCCGAGUACCACCCAGAUGCGGCUGCCCAAGAAUCAUUUGCUGUUUCAAAUAGAGAACUGUGCGACGACGAGAAAGAGUUCGUCUAUUUUCCAGUAUGCGAGAGGACCUCACAACCUGAACCUUCAUGUUCAGCCGUCAGGAUAACAGCCAAUAAGAACUACAGGAGCAAACCGUCUCAGGAAGGUGCUUUAAAAAGGAUGCACGAGGAGGAGCAUCACCAGCAGAUGUCCAUCCUCCUACAGCUGAUCCAGAUGAACGAGGUGCACGUGGCCAAAAUCCAGCAGAUGUGUGAGAUGGCGGAGGAGGAACACCAGAUCAAAAUGGAAGUCCUCAAUAAAAAGAAGAUGUAUUGGGAAAGAAAACUACAAACGUUCACCAAGGAGUGGCCCGUUUCCUCAUUUAACCGGCCCUUUCCCAACUCACCCUGAGACUUGGGGACGGCUCCCUUGUAAUUAGUCUCUGUUGGCAAGGCAAGGUUGGGAUGUGGCCUUUGUGGUCAGGAAGCCUGUAACAGACCUGUGACUAGGUGAAUUAGAGUGGGUAGUAGUCACUUAUUUAAGAAUACAUUCAGGUAAAGAGCUGCACCCCAUGUACCCCCGAAGUGGCCAAGAAGCUGUUAACAGUCUUCUAAAAAUCAACACUAUGCGUGCUAUAAUUCUGAAUGUAAUGUUUCUUAAUUAGAAUUCAUAGA